GGUUCGUCCCCUACUCCCCUUCCUCUCUCGCCUUUCUCAACUAAACCCUAAACCACCCGCGUCCCCAACUCCGGCCCCUUUCCCCUAAUUGGUCACCCUCCCUCGAAGCGGCGGUGGCGGCGCCGACAUGGGCGCCCUCUCGGCGUCGACCUCGUCGGUGAACUGGCUAGUCGAGGACGACAUCCUCCUCAAGAACGCUGUUGAGACCGGUGCCUCGUUGGAGUCCUUAGCAAAAGGAGCUGUAUGUUUUUCCCGUAAAUUCACUCUACAAGAAAUACAGGAUCGUUGGAAUUCAUUGCUAUAUGACCCAGAGGUCUCAACACAAGCUUCUUCCCGGAUGGCUGAGUAUGAAAAUGAACUCUCCACGUCUGACCCAGCCAAGGCACAUAAACUUUUCAAUUCAAAAGCAAAGGAUUUUUCAUUUCAGAAACGGAAAAUUGACAGUGUGAAGAACCUAUAUUAUGCAAUGCGAAAGAGAGUAUGCACCGAUCCAUGUAACACUGCAGAACUUGGAUUUCUUGUUGCCCCCUGUUCAUGUAUAGCAAAUGGUAAUGAGUGUGUCUGUGGAGGCCUGCCUAAUAGUAUUGAGCCGGAGCUCAGUUCAGUGAGCCGCUAUGGGCAAGUGGGUGCAAGCUACAAUGGUGGACAUACAUAUCCUGGAAUGAAUGGACAUUCUUUUCACACAAAACGUGCUGAGAGCAUGGUAAGAGAUGGGGAUGACACCAAUAACAUUGCAUAUGGCUACUCAGAUGUAGGUCAAAUGUAUGAACAUCAUGCCUACACUGCAAAUAAUCAUGGGAAUGGUGAAGGGAACAAUGUUUCUCUAAAGAGUAUCACAGAUUUUCAGGAUUCUAUGCAGUUCCAGCAAUUGGACAGCAAUCAAUGUGGUAAUGGAGUGGUAGACUCAAAGGCGUUGGUGAUCCCUAACCAUUUCAGUGGAAGUGUGCAGGAACCUAUCCCGCUCCAAGUGAUGGGUCAACCUGAGGGUUCUGAAGCAUCUGCUGGUGCAAUUUGGAGUGGGGUUCAGCGAAGAGGCACGCUCACUCUUCCUGAUGAUAAGAAUGUAAAGUCAGAAAACAGGGACCCUCUCACCUUUGAAGCAAAUUUAGAUGGUGGGAUUUGCACGUCUGGUUUAGAUCAUGCGUCAGAUUUCAUGGACUUUCCAUUUUUCAGCAAUAGUGAAGAUUUUGAUAUCCUGAAUGGUGAAAACUUUUUGAAUUCUCCGAGCGAGGGAAACCAGGAGGAUUUAGAUGAUCCUGCCUUCAAGGUAGUUCCUGGGGUUAGAUCAACCAUGCAAAAUCUGGCGCAUCCUGAUGAAGCCAAUAUGUCCUGCGAUCAAAUAGGUCCGGACCAUGUGGAAAGUAAUGUGGACGUUUCUGGUAUAAUGUUGGCUCCUACUUCAUUAGAAGUGCCAUGCCCUGGCCUGUAUGUCGAGUGCAAAUUGAACACAGAAGAUCCUGAAAUCCCUUGCAAUGAUGAUGUUGUUACACCUCGUGAGUAUCCUCUUGAGUGCUGUACGUCUACCUUGGGCCAGAAAUCCGAGAACACUAUCUAUUCAGUCUCCCCUUCAACCAGCCCGCCAUCGAAUGCUGAGCAUUCCAAUGCAAAUGACAUGGCCCUAAUAAAGGUGGAGGAUAUGGCAAAUGUCCAUCCUUCACUACAAACAGUGAAGAUUAGCUCAUCCAUUUCAGAACAAAAAGAAGAUUCAGUGGCACAUGAUAAAGGUGGUGUCCUAGGAGCUAAGCCAUCAGAAGGUCCUUCAACAAGUGGAGGCCUUUCGACUACUAAUAUUGACACAAAUGAUGCAAACACAUGCAUGCUAGCUUUGCCCUCUUUCAGCGCUGCUGGAUUUGGUAAACGAUCACCUUCCAGUUUAGGACAACAUGAGAGUUUAAAUAACUCUCUUGGUUUGACUUCACAAAAUUCUGUUCAAGCUCCUGAUCAGAUGCAACACAACUCACUUGAUGGUCAACCAGAAUUAGGUGACGAGGCUGCUCUACAAAACUGUAUGCCAUCAAAGGCACCGUCAGAUUUGGGGAUUCACGACCAUAUUGCAACAGUGCCAACACCAGCUCAAGCAGAAGAAUGCCUUGAUAAUGAAAAUGAUGUUCCAAAUUACUAUGAUCUAGAAGCUUUGAUUCUUGACCAGGAUCUCAUCCCGUGGGAUCAAGACUCUGAUUUGAUGCAUCCUGAAGUUACCAGAUUUCGUCACCCGGAAAGCAGGAAGGCAUUGAUAAGAUUGGAGCAGGGUGCUCGAUCUUAUAUGAACAGAGCUAUAAUCUCACAUGGUGCCUUUGCAGUUAUCUAUGGAUUGCACUUGAAAUACUACAUAAAGGAUCCUGAGGUUACUCUUGGAAGAGAGACAGAAGAUGUUAAAGUUGACAUUGAUUUGGGAAAAGAAGGGAGGGCAAAUAAAAUAUCUCGCCGACAGGCAGUUAUCAAGAUGGAUGAAGCUGGAUCUUUUCAUAUCAAGAACAUUGGAAAAUGUCCAAUAUUUGUUAAUAGCAAGGAAAUACCAAGCUGCAAACGCAUCAACUUAAGCUCUGACUCAUUAAUUGAGAUAAAGGAUAUGAGGUUUAUUUUUCAUAUAAAUCAUGAUGCUGUGAGACAGUACAUUGGUUGUGAUCUGAAGCCAGAACGCUAAUUUCGCUUCUUUUGGCACGCUGUGAAUGAUCCCCUCAUUAACAACGAUAGCAGCAGUUAAUGUUGAGUAAGCACUAUUCAUUUAGGAUGUUCCUUCAUGUGAUCAUGUUAGUUAGUCUCACUUGUGUCCAACCUGUGUCAGUUGUCUGUAAAUGGCUGUAGUGUCAUGUGUUUUCUGUCCUCCUUUUUGAAAUAUUUGUUUUCUGUCGUUCUGUUGUGCUGUUUGACGAGCAUAACUCCUCCACGUCCUGCACCGUUUCUUCCAGUU